AACUCUCAAGCUCGAGCUUCAUCAUCGUCCUAUGUUCUGACUUCACAUCGCACGCUCCUGGUUCGGGACCUUCGGGUUCGACAGCUCCAAAACCCCAAAAAUGGUUUUUCUGAGAAAAGCGUCGCAAAACGUAAGACCUAAAUGCUUCCAUCUAUGGCGAACUUCCUCUGUUUCUAGAGGCAGUAUUACAAAUUCAACGCGUUUUCCUCCUCGUUUCGCUUUGAGCCAAGCAUUUUGCUCUCCUUCUCGACAAAACAACAAAGAAGUUGGUAAUGCUAUAGAUUUGACGCAGUACCCUCCCGAGCGGAUUAGAAACUUUUCUAUAAUCGCACAUGUGGAUCACGGUAAGUCUACACUCGCUGAUCGGCUCUUGGAGCUCACUGGUACUAUUAAGCGAGGCCAUGGUCAGCCCCAAUACCUCGACAAAUUGCAGGUGGAGAGGGAGAGGGGAAUUACUGUUAAAGCUCAGACUGCAACCAUGUUUCACAAGUAUAGUCGUGCUGGUGACAACGCCAGUGAUCAGCCUCCUUUCUUGAUUAACCUUAUUGACACACCUGGCCAUGUUGAUUUCAGCUAUGAAGUAUCAAGAUCCUUAGCAGCUUGCCAGGGUGCCCUUUUGGUUGUGGAUGCUGCCCAAGGUGUUCAAGCACAAACAGUGGCUAAUUUCUAUCUUGCUUUUGAAUCUAAUUUAGCGAUCAUACCAGUUAUUAACAAAAUUGACCAGCCAACUGCUGAUCCUGAUCGUGUUAGAGCUCAACUAAAAUCUAUGUUUGAUCUUGAACCUGCACAUGCUCUGUUGACAUCCGCCAAAACAGGGAAAGGUCUUGAGCAUGUCCUUCCUGCCAUCAUAGAGCGCAUACCCCCACCUCCUGGAAAGAACUCUUCACCUUUGCGAAUGCUUUUAUUAGAUUCAUACUAUGAUGAAUACAAGGGAGUGAUAUGCCAUGUUGCUGUUGUUGAUGGUACGCUGCGUAAGGGGGAUAAGAUUUCUUCUGCAGCCACUGGCCAAGCUUAUGAAGUCUUGGAUGUUGGGAUCAUGCAUCCCGAGCUUACCAGUACAGGAAUUCUUCUUACUGGUCAAGUGGGCUAUGUUGUGAGUGGAAUGCGUUCUACUAAAGAGGCACGAAUUGGGGAUACACUCUAUCAGAGUAAAACUGUUGUGGAACCCCUUCCUGGUUUUAAGCCUGUAAAACACAUGGUUUUCUCUGGUCUAUAUCCAGCUGACGGAUCUGAUUUUGAUGCACUCAACCAUGCAAUAGAGAGACUUACAUGUAAUGAUGCCAGUGUCUCUGUUGCUAAGGAGACGAGCACAGCAUUAGGGCUUGGUUUUAGGUGUGGUUUCUUAGGAUUACUUCACAUGGAUGUUUUUCAUCAGCGGCUUGAACAGGAGUAUGGAGCUCAUGUUAUUUCUACUGUUCCAACAGUGCCCUAUAUUUUUGAGUAUUCUGAUGGAAGCAAAGCACAAGUUCAAAACCCUGCUGCAUUGCCAUCAAAUCCCAAGAAGCGAGUGACUGCUGGAUGGGAACCUACAGUGUUGGCUACAAUUAUCAUUCCUAGUGAAUAUGUUGGAUCUGUUAUUACACUUUGUUCUGAACGGAGGGGUCAACAAUUAGAGUACUCAUUCAUUGAUAGUCAAAGGGCAUUUAUGAAAUAUCGUUUACCUUUAAGGGAAAUUGUUGUUGACUUUUACAAUGAAUUAAAGAGUAUAACAUCGGGGUAUGCAUCAUUUGAUUACGAGGAUUCAGAGUACCAACAAGCUGACUUGGUGAAAUUGGAUAUCCUAUUGAAUGGGCAGCCAGUUGAUGCAAUGGCAACGAUUGUUCACAAUUUGAAGGCACAAAGGGUCGGACGUGAAUUGGUGGAUAAACUGAAGAAAUUCAUUGACAGGCAAAUGUUUGAGAUAACAAUACAAGCUGCGAUCGGAUCUAAGAUUAUUGCAAGAGAAACGAUCUCGGCUAUGAGGAAAAAUGUUCUAGCAAAGUGUUAUGGUGGGGACGCUACUCGAAAGAGGAAGCUGUUGGAGAAACAAAAGGAAGGGAAAAAACGAAUGAAACGUGUUGGAUCUGUCGAUAUACCUCAAGAAGCAUUUCAUGAAAUUCUGAAGGUCUCAUAGGGGAAAAAUCAGUAUAAAUUAUCAAACCAUACUCGUUACAGUGCAAGAAAUUGGAAGCUUGAAAAGAAGAAUAGUGCAAGAGAAAGAAGUGUAUAUCUUAUGCUUUAGCUUGAAGAGACCUCCAAUUCCGCUGUCAAAACAAAAGUCAUACUCAUCCGAAAUGUGUAGAUGCUAAAGUGAGGAGAUUAUCAGUGUAAUAAGGUUAAUUUUGAAUGGAGACAUGCGUUUCAGAGAAGCAUUUUAUUAUUAUUUGUUUUUCCUCCACCUCGUAUGCUGUGGGCUGAUUCAUACAAAUAUCAGAAAAUUUGAGAUGUCUUGAUUUGAUUUGAACGCGAGCCAUGGCCUUUAUUCAUUACAUCAGAUGUUAUUUGA